AUGUCCGAACCCAAGGAAACUCCGACGCAGCAGCACGCCGCGAGCGUGCACCCCAACGCGCACGUGAGCAACGCUGGGUCAUCCCACCUCAGCCAGACCUCCUCCCAUGGGGCGUCCCAUUCAGACAGCGACGCCGACGGCAAUGAGAUCCGUCCAGCGAGGCCAAACACGCUAGACCGGUGCUCAACGCGCCAGUCGGUCGGCGCCGACGCCCCCGUGGAGCCCAUCGACUCCGUGGUCGAGCUCCCGGACGAGGUGUACGACCGGCUGCCAAAACACCGGAAGAGUGUCAUCGUCGCGCUGCUGGCCUUCUGCUCGUUCCUGGCGCCCGUCUCCAGCACGUCGGUACUGGCGGCCACGCCCGAGGUCGCGGGCGAGUUCCAGACCACGGGGUCGAUUGUGAAUCUGGUGAACGCCCUGUAUAUGCUGUUCAUGGGCAUCUCACCCAUUUUCUGGGGACCCCUGAGUCAGGUGUAUGGGCGUAGGAUGAUCACCCUCGUCACGUCUGUCGGCUUCCUCGCGUGCAGCGUGGGCACGGCACUGUCGCCCAACCUCGCCGCCUUCUUCGUCUUCCGCAUCCUCACCGCGUUCGAAGGGACGUCGUUCAUCCUGGUGGGAGCCGCCGUCAUCAGCGACAUAUACCGCCCAACAGAGCGCGGCACCGCAACAGGCUGGUUCAUGAGCGGCACGCUGAUCGGCCCGGCCUUCGGGCCCUUCAUCGGCGGCAUCAUCGUGACGUACACGUCGUGGCGCGUCAUCUUCUGGCUGCAGACGGGGCUGGCUGGCAUCGCGGCCGUGGGCUCGUACUUCCUCCUUCCCGAAACCAUCUACCACAAGCGGAUGGACGACCUCGUGGGCUUGAGCGGCAAGGUGAAAGGGAAGGUGCUGCUCCGCAUGAUUAACCCCUGGCGCGUGUUGCGUCUGUACGAGUAUCCGAACCUCUUCCUCACGGGCCUCGCCAGCUCCUCGCUCGUCUGGAACAUGUACAGCCUCCUGACGCCCAUCCGGUACGUGAUCAACCCGCGCUACGGCCUCAACACACCCCUGCAGAGCGGGCUCUUCUACCUGGCGCCGGGCUGCGGCUACCUCACGGGCACGUUCCUCGGCGGGCGGUACGCCGACUACGUCGUCAAGAAGUACAUGGCGAAGCGCGGCGUGCGCGUGCCCGAGGACCGCAUGUACUCCGCCUUACCCUUCAUGGGCGUCGUGAUCCCGGCCUGCAUCCUGAUCUACGGGUGGAGCGUCGAGAAGGACGUCGGCGGCAUCGGCCUCACGGUCGUGGUCAUGUUCCUGCAGGGCUGCGCGCAGCUGUUCUGCUUCCCGAGCCUGAACACGUAUUGUCUGGAUGUUAUGCCCGGGCGAGGCGCGGAGGUGAUCGCGGGCAAUUACUGCAUCCGCUACCUGUUCGCGUGUCUGGGCACCGCCGUCGUGCUGCCGGCCGUCGACGCCAUCGGCAUCGGCUGGUUCAGCACCAUCAGCACCUUGUUCCUGCUCGGCGGCACCGCCUGCACGUGGGUGUCGAUUCGCUGGGGCAGGGAGUGGCGCGACCGCGUCGACGCUAAGAGGAGGAGGGCCAAGCUCAAGGUCAUCGAGGAGAAGAACGCCGCCAUGGCCGCGGAGGACCAGGUGGCGGUGGCCGCAGGUGGGAGUCCGGCGGCCAAGACCGGUGGUGCGCGUUCGCCGGACAAGGUAGACGAGGGGAUUACGACGCAGCACCGGGCCAUGGAAGAAGAGGUCUGA